AUGCUGAUUGCGAUUGUUUUUCUGGGCCUCUUAGGUAAUUUGUUUUAGCUAACAGGGUACCUCCAAAUGUGCUGCGAGUUUACUGAAAAGUAUAGAGUACAUAUGUAUUAUCCCAAUUUGGAAUCAAAAUACAGUCCCCACAGAGUUGAUCCUUGUUGUUCAGGAGGCACUUUCGCUCAAAAACUAUGUCCCGGCAACGCGACUCCGUUCGAUUACCAAGUGUGCAAUCCCGACGACCGUUCCGAGUGCCCUUCCGGAUUCACUUGUAGGUCUGUCGGCCCACGUCGAUUGCCGGAAUGCCAACGAUUUUUUUUUGCAGAUUAUCCACCGACAACUCGACCGGUUCCACUCUGUAUCUCUGUUGUGAAAGUGGCCGCAUGACCAUUUCCGAUUGUGAGAUCAAGCUGUUUUGAAACGUUGAAAGAGAGACAUCGUUUUUCAGGGUAUUCGGAGAAGCAGCUCACUCCGAACAUUCUCCCACAGGCUCCGUAUUCUCUUAUUCAGACUGUAAGAACACUUUUCGAUAUCUCUACAGACAGCUGGAAUACAUCAACUUGAAACAAAAAGCCGUUUAGGUCCAACUCUCUCCCGCCAGUUCAAUUUUGAAUUUCCCGCCAAUCCACGUGGGCGACGAGCUGGUAGUCCUCAGUUUUCCGAGCUACAUUACCGGAAUCGUCCAGUCGGUCAGUCUCGCAUCGACCCUCAAUCCUGGAUACGUUCACGUGGUUACUGUAGUCGGUAAGGACCCCUCAGCCUUGACAUUUUGCACACAAUCCGUACAGAUCCACUCUACAAACCGUUCGCUGUUCUCUUGAACUACAAUAUAAUUGUCGGGCAGCCGAGUCAGACGAUCAACGUGACGUCAUCGCAGAGAUUCAUCGCUUAUUUGGAUAGCUCGGCGUCGAUGCCGAAACAGGAUUCAUGUGAGAGAAUAGCUAGUUCAUACCAGAAGACGCUAUGAUCUUCAGAUCGCUCCGAGUACAUCGUCCUCGUCUACUACACCGCUUCUCCCGUCAACUUCGAGGGAACUCUGCCACGUAAACGCUUCACACUUUCUAGAGCUAUUUCAAAAGAAACUGUUACAGAAGACAUGAUCCUGGGCUCAUCGUGCUUCGACACCACAUGUUUGUUCAACAGCUCUUCGUUUUCUUCCAAGCUCUCUCAGCCAUUGGCUGGAACCAUUUUCUACGUAAGCGCCUAUAUAUCUCAGCCGCCCGUAGAGAUAUAAAAAAGUUGUCAACUAAUAAAAUGUUCAUUGAAACAUUCUGAUUACAACUUUUCGAUAUCUGAACCGGCAGCCGAGAUACAUCGUCAUUUGCAGCUGACGACAAAGAACACAGUGUUCGCGACGGACGCGUCCCUCCUUUCGAGCACCAACUUCUCGAAUGCUCCGCAGCUUCUCCUCCCCGCACUCGUCUCUAUUCUUUUCCGUUUUUUGUUCUGAUCGUCUGCGAAAAAUACAAAUUGUGAUGUAUUAUUGUUUGAACAGCUUCCAAAAGUCAAGCAUGUCUGACAUAUAAAAUGGCAAUUGUCGACAAGUUUGGAGCAUUUUUUAGUGAAAGGAUGCGAGUCUCGGCGGUCUUUUGGACGUGGAUCGCUUUUGCGGUGAGUUCGGGAACGGUCCCGUUGGAUCAUGGUCCUUUCAGACGUGUUCAUUGUCGGCCAAAGUGUCCGGAGACGUUGGCGUCGAAGGCGUUGAAACGGAUGUAUCCGUAGCGACUGCCGAUCCUUCGAUUCUAAACAUUCCGACCAUCAAUUGGGAUGAUAUUCUGGUUAGUCUUCAUUUCAGGCACCUAAACACGGUUUUUCGAUUCAGAAGAACAUUCCGACAAUUCCGCCGAUUGUGCUUCCGACGCUUGAUCCGAAUUUCUGGGUGAGUUGGCAAGAACUACCGUAAUCAGGGAUCCUAUUCUCCAGAAGAAUCUGCCGACGAUUCCGCCCAUUCAAAUUCCGACGCUGGAUCCUGACUUUUGGGUGAGCUGAGUGAAAAAAGAUAAAAUCGAUUUAGAGAAUUUCAGAAGAAUCUCCCAACGAUCCCGCCCAUUCAAAUUCCCACGUUGGACCCCAAUUUCUGGGUGAGUGUUCGCCGGAGCGCCGCACUCUGAUUCCUUCCGGAUUCAUUCUGCAGAAUAACCUGCCGACGCUCCCGCCGCUUCCCACCUUGGACGCCAAUUUCUGGCAGAAUCUUCCCACUUUCCCCACAAUUCCGCCGUUCGUCUUCCCGACGCCCACGCCCAAAACCGCUCAAUGCACUUUUAUACUGGGCCAGGAAAUUCAGAAUAACUCGACGUUCGAGACAAAUUUGAACUACACGAAUGUUCGGGAAGUGGUCAACGGCCUCAUCGCCGAAUCCGCCUAUUUGUGCACUGGAUUCCAGACACAAAAGUUGACGGAUUUGUCGAAUAAGUAUCAAGUUUUGAUAUCCGAUACUCAACAGGUUAGGUUUCAUCUCGUUCUAACUCCGUUUUCGCACAUUUUCAGAUAGUUUCCUAUCUAACCACCGCGGAGCUCAAAUCUUUACUCCUGGCCGUGCUGAACGGCGACUCUGGCCCAGUUUUCCAAUUAUUUCUCUCAAAAUCCCUUGCGAACCUGGCUAAUCCAGAUGUUUCUGCGAAGCUUUCAAAGGUCUCCUCGCAGCUCUCCCUCCUCCAAUUGGAUCUGGCUCUGAGCCCAAUCUGA